UUUAUAGUUUUCAAAAUUUUCAAGUUAAUUUUAUAAAAUAUCUUUUUUUACAAUUUCUCAUGUGAAAUACAAUCAAAAUUCUUAGUUUAAUUUUGUGAAUAUAUUUUUGGCAUCUCCUUUCAAAAUGCGCGAGUGUAUAUCAAUGCAUGUCGGCCAAGCCGGAGUGCAAAUGGGAAAUUCCUGUUGGGAAUUAUAUUGUUUAGAACAUGGAAUUCAACCUGAUGGAACAAUGCCUUCUGAUAAAAAAGUCUCCUUCUCCAGCGAUUGUUUUAAUACAUUUUUCAAUGAAACGAGCAGUGGAAAAAUGGUCCCUCGAGCAAUUAUGGUCGAUUUGGAGCCGACAGUCGUUGACGAAGUUCGAGUUGGACUCUACAAACAACUUUAUCAUCCAGAGCAAUUAAUAACCGGUAAAGAAGAUGCUGCGAAUAAUUAUGCGAGAGGACACUAUUCCAUUGGUCGUGAAGUUAUUGAAUCAGUAAUGGAUCGAAUUCGACGAUUAACUGAUUUAUGUACAGGUCUCCAAGGUUUUUUUGUCUUUCAUUCGUUUGGCGGUGGAACUGGUUCUGGAUUCACGUCACUCUUGAUGCAAAGACUCUCUGAAGAUUAUGGAAAAAAGAGCAAACUCCAAUUUGCCAUUUAUCCAGCGCCACAGGUGUCGACAGCAGUGGUGGAGCCAUAUAAUGCAACACUAACGACUCAUUCGACAAUUAGUCAUUCCGAUUGUGCCUUCAUGGUCGACAACGAGGCAAUUUAUGAGAUUUGUCGAAAAAAAUUGGGAAUUGAAAGACCAAGUUACGCGAAUUUAAAUCGAUUGAUUAGUCAAGUUGUAUCGUCAAUAACAGCCUCGUUGAGAUUCGAUGGCGCUUUAAAUGUCGAUUUGACGGAAUUUCAAACAAAUCUCGUGCCAUAUCCAAGAAUACAUUUUCCUCUAGCCACUUAUGCGCCGGUUGUCUCUUCAGAUAAAGCUUUUCACGAAGGAAUGUCAGUCGGCGAAAUAACAGCCGAAUGCUUUGAGCCCUCGAAUCAAAUGGUGAAAUGCAAUCCACGUGAGGGAAAAUACAUGGCCUGCUGUCUUCUCUAUAGAGGCGAUGUUGUCCCAAAGGAUGUUAACGCCGCCAUCGCAGCGAUGAAGGGAAAAAGUUCCAUUCGAUUUGUCGAUUGGUGUCCAACUGGAUUCAAAGUUGGAAUUAAUUAUCAACCACCAACUGUCGUUCCUGGCGGUGAUUUGGCAAAAGUUCAACGAGCAGUGUCCAUGCUGUCAAACACAACAGCCAUUGAAGAAGCCUGGUCGAAAUUAAAUCACAAAUUUGAUCUGAUGUAUAAUAAAAGAGCUUUUGUUCACUGGUACGUUGGCGAAGGAAUGGAAGAAGGAGAAUUCUCCGAGGCUAGAGAAGAUCUAGCGGCACUUGAACGAGAUUACGAAGAAGUCUCACUCGAAUCACCAGCAACGCCAGACACUUGUUCCGAAUUCUAAACAAAUUCCCCGGAAUUCCAAUUUUUUUGUCUGCCCUCAAGUCCUCAGUCCCUAAAACGUAUCUUCAAAUAUCUUGAAAUUAAUCAUCAACAAAUUUAGUAAAAAAAAUUUUCUUUCAAAAAAAGGAAUGUAAGAAAAUAAUUAAAGAAAUAUAAGAAUGCCUGAAAUAUUCUGUCAUUAAUUUUAUUCGAUAAAAAUUCAGUCAAAGACUAAGCGAGCAAAAAAAAAGUAUUAAUUUCAAUGUCGAACUACAGAUAUGUACUUUUAAAAAAGAGAAAAAAAGAUUUACUAUGACGCGUUAUAUAUUUUAAGUCAAUUAAAUACUAUAAACUCAGACAUUCUCUUGUAUAUAGUACAAAAAAAAAAAUUUGUUUUUUUGAAGAUA